AUGCUCGAGUUACUUAUAUCACAUGGUGUUGAUAUUUCAUCAAAGAGUGAAGAUGGAAAAACAGCACUUCAUUACGCUGUAGCACGUAAUGAGAGAGAAUCAUAUGAAUUUCUAGUAUCACAUGACAUUGAUAUCAAUGCAAAAGAUAAUGAUGGAAAUACGGCCAUUCUUUAUUCUCAACAGAAAAAAACCGGAUUCAUUAAUCCGAAUACAUUCGAAUAUUUGGUUUCUCAUGGUGCUGAUAUCAACGCAAAAAACAAUCAUGGAGAAACAGCUCUUCAGAUAGCCGAAGCUCGAAAUGAUGAAUUUAUGCAAAGUUUUCUUAAAUCACUUGGUGCUGAGUAA